AGGUUUCGACGAGAAACUGCCAUAUGGGCACACCUCGUUCACGACAAUAUCGUCACACUUUAUGGAACGACAGAGGGGCUCGGGUCAACUACAGCCCUUGUCUCCCAGUGGUUUCCGCACGGCACGCUGUCCCGUCUGAUCACAGAACAGGGUGCUACAUUAACCAUCAAGUCCAAAUUGAAGCUGCUUCACGACAUAGCAUCUGGGCUCUACUAUGGUUUGUAUUCCCUUCACGGUCAUCUUGUUUCAACUGUUAAAUUUGCCGUUAGUUCACUCUUUUCCCGUUGUUCACGGUGACAUUACGAGCUCUAAUGUUUUAGUGGAUCUCAAGGAAGGAGAAUACAAGGCUUACCUAACGGACUUCGGCUUGUCAAGUAUCCUCUGCGAACGUUUAAAAGAGUGCUCGAUUGAAGCAUCAACAAUUGUUCGGCCUGGCGCAAUCAGAUGGACUGCGCCCGAGUUGAUGAGGUCACCAGACUCCCCUCCCGAUGUCAAACCAUCCACGCAGAACGACAUGUAUUCCUUUGGUCGUGUCAUGUUCCAUUUGUUGACUCUGACUGUUCCUUGGCAUGACAUUGAUGAUUACAGAGUCAUUCAAAAAAUACAAAAUGGAGAGGA